AUGACUCCUCCAACAUUGACUUGUACAACAUCUACUACUACUACUUCUCUACCCUCUUCCACUUACAAGGAACAAUCCCCGAAUGCUCUUCAUAUUCAAAACAAUAACAACAGCUCUGAAUCUUCUCCGACCUCGAGUACUGGCACUCCAACCACACAUCGCAUCUCUCAUGGCGGAACCAACGAUGAUGAUGAUUCGGAUUCGAUGAAUACCUCUAAUUCCAUGCUUUCACGGAAGAGAGCGAGUCAUCCCCAUGAAGAGGAUGAUAGUAUCAUUCAUGAGGAAGGCUUUGGCUUGGAAGAUCAAGAAGGAGCAUUGAUGAUGAUGGAUCAGUUGGUUCGAGAACAUUCUCAUCCAACGUUAGCAACAACAACAACAACAACAAUGAAUACUACUACUUUUACAAUGGACACACCUUCUUCUAAUCAUAAUAUCAGUAACAAUGGCAACAACAAUCAACAGACUCGUGCGAGUAGUAUUGGCGAUAUUCUGAAAGGACUCGCUUCUCAACGUUCCUCUCAACACUAUCAUCAAUCUCCAUUGUUGUUUUCAUCGCCUUCAUCAUCAUCAACAACAACAACCUCUUCUUCAAUUUCCAAUCAUCACCACCACAAUGAAAAUACUUCCAACAACAACAUACGGAAACACUCAUCUCCAAAUAACCUCUUUCAUGAAGCAAGAGGAACCUCCUCCUCCUCGAAUUCUCAAUCUUCCAUGAGAGCUUCCUCAACCUCCUCACCCGCUAGCCUUCCAGUCACCGAUGCUCAAUCUCAUCAAAAAGCAGAGACUUCUUCAAAAUCAUCUAAAAAGAAGAAACAUCAACAACAACAGGAUAUUGUUGGAACCACUUCCACCAAUCCACAUCAGCAGCAACAACAAGGAUCACCACGUACUCCAGAAAUAUCCACUCCAAAUGCGGACACCAAUAACUCACCCAAUAGAAAGCUUUCUCUUUCCUUGUCCAUUCAAAAGAGAAUUUCUUCGUGGCGUUCAAAUCAUAAAAAUUCAAACAUGAAAUCCAAUAAGAAGGAAGUUCCAGCAAUGACGAUCAAUCAACAGCAAGAGUACAAACACUCUAGAAGUCAUUCUGAAAGUCAUUCUCGAAACAAUGAGGAAUCGACUGUCUUGUUGUUACUGAACUCGACGGCGAAAGGAUCUGCAGUGAAUCAGGAAAAAAAGUCGGAGAAAAAUUAUGGAACGAUAAUGGGAUCGUCAUCUUCGUCGUCAUUGAUGGAAGAUCAUCAUUCAUCGAAUUCACAAAUGCAAUCUCUAAAAUCCAUUCUAGCUCACAACAAGCAUCGACAUCACAAUAACUAUGAACAUGUGGAUUCCGAUGAGUCGCCAGUUCUGACUUCUACGGCGGAACCCUUAUCACCACCAUUUUCAAGUAGUGAUCAACACAAUAUUCACACAACCACCAAUUUUGAAUCUCCUCCAAAACUAGUACUUUCAAAUCAAUCAUCGAAUCAGCAAUACCACUCACAACUAAAACCUAAAAAAUUGGAUUUUUCAACAUUGGACAAUUCAUCAAAUCGACUAAAAUUGGCUCCAUUAACAUCGAGAGCAAGAGGUGACAGCUCAAUCAAACAUCCAUUUGAUUAUUUGAAAGGAAGUAUUUCACAUCAACCAACACAAUCAUUAUCAAUUCCGGUAGUUUUGACAAGAAAGAGGUCGCUUCCAACUACACCAGAAUUUCUAAACACGAAUUCACACAAUAGAAAACCAACACCACGUGAUGAUAAUUCGACACAAAUUGGUGAGCAACAACAACAACAGACAGUAUCAACGUCAAUUACUUUGACGACGCCACGUAAUACUUCAGAAGAAGCUGUGUUAGUAAGCUCGACAAAAACUCCAACUGAUGAAGGUCAGGGAAUUCUAAUUUCCAUUCCAACCACAGCAGAAUAUCAAAUUGUGGUAGAAAAAACAACACCUCCUUUCAUGCAAACGAUGAGUGCUGACACCUUGCUACUAGUUUCUUCAUUCAUAUAUGAUGAUAAUUAUGAGAAGCAAAUUGAAAGUUUUUCCUUCUUGACGUCACACGAUAUUUUCACAACAUUGAUGCUUGUCUGCCGGGCUUGGCAUGAAAAAUUGAACGACGAUUUGGUGUGGUCUUUUCGAUAUCGACAAUUUUUAAACAAUCUAUUGAAACAUUACUCGAAAUCUGUGAAUGCCUAUUUUGUCACAUAUGGCAACGAAAAACAUCCACUCCAAAAGAAAUCCCCAAACAUCACUUCUAGCGAUUUUGAUAAGAAAUAUACUCCCAUUCAUAAGAGAUACAAAUUUUUAAAGCAUUUACAAAAGGAGUUGAACAAUUUUAAGCCACCCUUAAUGACCAAUAACCACAAUACUGUCAGUCUCAAUGGAUCGUCUACUAUAGAACAAGGUACUUCCAAGAGAGUCACGACAACAGUAGCCAAUAACCAUUCGUCACUUUCAGCUCCACUCUCUGUACGAAGAGGAACGAUUGCUCAUCUGAAACCUGUAUACAUCAGCGACUCCACCGCUCCAUCAAACACCACAGACACAACCGUGUUCAGAAAGAGAACUUCAAGCAAUGCAGAGUUAACUUCUCCACGCUUUGAAGAUUUACCUAAAUUUGCUGCGUUUGGAGGUACCACUCCGAGAACACCUGUCGCUCUCGGAAGUUUUACGUCUCCAAGAAAACAUUCUCAUUCGAGUGCAUCCUUGUCCAAUGCUCCUACUGCUCUAUUGAAACCCGUGGGGAUGAAUCUUUUUUCGAAUGCCACAAAUCAUCCUCCUCAUUCGAAAAUGGCCAUUGAAUUGCCAAUUGCUAAGGAAUUUACAUUUAAGGAAAAAUUUAUGGACAUCCUCAGAGAUGAAUAUUGCAGUAAUGUGAGAAUUGCGCUCAAGACCAUGAAUCCACUCAAAUUCAUCAAGUGUCUCAUCAUUGAAGAUGAAUCCUUGUCUCGAAUGCAAUUUUAUUAUCAUAUUCACUUGUUUUAUGCGUUGAAACUAUUUCUUGAUGGAGCUAAAAGGGUCAUUCACGCCAAAGACAAGUCCUCAAGCGAGACACCAAAAACGCCUGAGACUUCCAACCUGUCAUCGACGACAUCGAACUCAUCAUCGAGCGUUUCAUCCAGACCCAAUCGAUUUGUUCAGGAGGUGCUAAGAACGAGCUCAGCAACUCUCUUUUCUAUUAUUCUUGCUGGCUUGAAAGAGCUUAAGGAUGAUUUGGUUUCACAUCCACAAUAUUAUCCAGAGUUUCAUAAGGAAGUGAAACAUAUACAGAAUUUCACAUCGGCUUACUCGUCGACGACAACCUUGCCCUACAUGAAUCGAUCAUUGGUUAUGAAUCAAGUCGCUUACAUUGCAGAAAAGCUUACCACGAGAUACUUUUUAAUUAUUUUUGAAAAGUUGAAUCCUCCGAUCAAUUUUGAUGUUUUGAAAUCGUUCGUGACGGCCUAUCCGAGCAUUGCCGAUAACAAACUCUUAUUAAUUGUGUUGGAGAGAGCUAAAGAAACAUUCUAUCAUUCUCCCAUGGAAUCAGAUUCAUUGUCACAACCAUUUUCGAGUAGCCCCUUGUCAACACUUGCUGCUUCCAAACAGAAUCGGGUAGAAUUUGCAUUUUUACAAUUUCUCGUCGAAAAUGUAUUACCAAUCAUUGCAAGAGAAAAGGCAGAUUCGAGACGAAUUAUUGACAUGCUUGUGGACAUUCUGACAAGUCGCUACAGUUUAAAUGUCAAAGAAUUGUGUGCCUAUUUUAGACACCUAUCAGGAGAGGCAUUAGGCACGGGUCUUGUUUCGCUAGAUCCAUAUUUACUGAUCAUAACUUCAUGUUUUCGAUUUUCACAACCAAACGCAAAUACUUUAUCCAACAUUGACACAUUUAGCUCUUUCAACAGUAAUGCCACUUCAUCUUCCAAGCACGACGACGACAUUCUUGUGAACCCACAAUUCUUUGAUUAUUUAAUUGACAAGUUUGAAAUUGAUGUGAAUCGAAAAGAAAUUUUAUUCUUCCUGUUGAAACACAAACAAACACUUCCCUACUUGGAGGCAUUGAAGAAGGCAGGAAAAAUUGAUGUUCGAUUCGUACAUCGAUGUUUCCAUAGCAAGCAUUUUGCCGAGUUUCUCACCAAACUUUAUUAUUCUGGCUCAGUGGGACCCUAUCAAUGUCUGGACCUUGUUCUUCAACAAUUUAAUAUCGAUCCACUUGCUGAUUUUGAAAGCGAAAAUUCAUUCAAAUCAUUGGAAGAAGCUUGGAAAUCCACCAUGAACACGAGUCGAUCGCUGACACGAAGUUAUGGAAGCACGAAAAACAAGGACAAUUUUCUCAAAAUUAUUUCAAGAAUUGAAACCAAACAAAAUGGAUACAGUGCCACAUAUCAUGUGAAUUUGUUGAAAAUUUUCAAGAUUAUUCUUCGAAGAUGUAAAGAACAGGACAAGAAGUUCAAUUUACAAAAAAUUGAUCGUGACAUGAAAAUUUCAUUCAAUUUCAUUACACAUUCUUUUUUGACGGAUUUGGGACACUAUCACGAAUCCAAUUAUAGAAAUACUACUUUGGAAAUGUGUGAAUUAUUAAUUGGAUCAGCCAACGCUCUCAUUGAUUGUUCUGUUUUGAAAUUUUUACUUCAAAGGAUUGAAGUAGAAGAUGCUAACAUUCGAGAAAAGAAUUCCAAACAAAUUGCCUAUUAUUAUCAACAGCAACAACAUUCAGAAUCGAAUCGAUCUCAUACUUCGAUGGAACUUCAACAGACCAGUAGUAGUGGAGUUGAGAGUCGAAACAUGGAAAACAAUCACACUCCCAAUUGGUACAACAAAUCAGAAUUGGCUCUCAUGACCACUGUAACCAAAGCCAUGGAAUUACUUUUACAUAAUAGCGCCAUGAUUUCGAAACUGACCUCUUUUAACACGAGUGGAUCUAAAUUGGCGAGUAGCAUGUUUACAGAUAUCAUGCCUUAUUCCGAGUGGUAUUCUCAACACAAAUUGGCCAAUGACCAUUCUCCUCAUGCCACUCAAUAUUUGCACCUCUAUGAACGCACUCGAUUAUUUAUUGCUCGAUUUAAUUUCAAUGCGGCCUUGGUUGAAAAAGAGAUGAGGAAUGCCAAUAAGAGUAUGACUUCGUGUUGUGUCAUUUUGUAG